AAUUGAUCUUAAAAGUAAUAUUUAUAUCCACAUAGUCCAACAUUUCAAAACCUCCUUCAGAUUUCUUCCCUGCUAAUUUAGUGGUGUUUGUUUUUCCAACAAAAAUUAACCAGCAACUAAUAAUUUCUUUACAGGUAGAAUCCAGAGCAAAUAAAGAAAGGCCAGGACAGAAUAAAUCUAGAACUCUUCCUAAAGUUGACAAAUCUCUCCGUUGUUUUCGGCCUCCAUUUGUCUUCAGCAGAGCAGAGCAGCGGCUGUGACGUCACAGUCGGCGCGCGUUCCAUAUGACGUCACUGACUCGGUCGAGCGGUUAUAAGAGACUCAGAGUUACUAAAGCAGUUAGUGUUCACACAGACACAGCUCGCUGAUCGAUCAGAAUACAGUGCCAAUAUAGAUUGAGUUACUUAACCUUCAGUGCAGGUGAUCAUAACUAACGUUACACUAGCGAACGAAGUGUAAAUACUCAUCUAUAAACAACAGCGUCGAUAUGACCACUGCAGCGGGCAUCAUGUCAGUGGAGCCGCAGAGCUGCAGCAGCGAUGUGUUGGAGGAUGAUCCGCCGCUGAGCGGCGCUGUUGUGUCGGCCAGCAGCGGCGCGACAGACGCGAUGGAUCGGCCGCCUCCCCCUAGAGUCGCUUGGGAGAACAACACAACAGAAAAACACACAAAAAAGAAGAACCUCAUCCGGAGUUCCUGGGAGGCUGUGAAACAUCCCAAUCAAUCCCAGGAAACCAAAGUGUGUGCUUUUGUGCCGGAGCAGGAGUCUGAGCAGGAGCUCCCUCACACAUCCAGUGUCGAGCCGACAGACCAAAAACACACAAAAAAGAAGAACCUCAUCCGGAGAGCCUGGGAGGCUGAGAAACAUCCCAAUCAAUCCCAGGAAACCAAAGUGUGUGCUUUUGUGCCGGAGCAGGAGUCUGAGCAGGAGCUCCCUCACACAUCCAGUGUCGAGCCGACAGACCGUGAGUCUCCAGUUAUUAACACUCAGAACGCCUGUGUUGGCCUCCAGAAGGUGCGGAGGAAGAAACGUUCCCCCCCUAAAGAAAGAAGAGUGCCUCAAGAUUUAACUCUCCCGGAAAUAGAAAGUGAGUCUCCAGUUAUUACCACUCUGAUUCAUGUCCAUUUCAGCCUGAUGUUUGGGAUGAUAGUUUUAGUUUUUCCUUUUCUGCUCCUGUUGGUUUCUCUAAUAUGCAGUAUUAUUAUUUGUUCAUUUUGAAUUUAGUUAUAUUUACAUAUUUGUAUAUAUUUACAGUUGGUAUAAUUGGUGGGGGAAUCAGACAUUGCGUAUGAUUGAGUCCGUUUUCUCUUCAUGGACACUAAAGUGUAUUUCACUCACCUGACUCAAAUGUACGUGCGUUUCUAAUGCCGUUGGCUCAUGUAAUAGUAAUGUAGAUCUUAGUAGUAUUUUAAGUGAUAUAUCAUCUUCUAUAAACAACUAUAAAAGAUCAUUCUCGGCUUUCUCCGGCUCUCUGCAUCGGCGUCUAUGCACACACUCACUAGAUCGGGAAUCCA